CUUCCUUCUCCUUAGCAGGUGCAGAAAAAAAAUAAACCUUUUCUCUCAUCAUCUGCAUCUGUUCUCCAAAAAACAGAUUUUUAUUUUUCUCCGCCAAACCAAAAUCCAAAAAAACCAAUCUCCAAAUCAUACAGAAAUUGGAAAAAGCUCCAGUUUCCAAUCAAGACAGCAAAAGAUUUUUUUUUUGAUUUUUUAUCCCUAAAUUUUCCAAGAAAACCCACCCAGCAAGUGAUUCCAUUUCCAUUCCAGAUCAACACGGACAAUGCCCUCGAUACAGGAUGAGCUGCUGCCGUCGACGCCGGGCAAGUUCAAGAUCGACCACCGGGGUUCCCACCACCGGCAGCUCCACCGCUGCUUCGCCUCCACCAGCACAAUGUUCCUAUGGGCCCUCUUCCUAAUCGCACUCACCGCCUCCUACCUCAGCUUCCAGAGCUUCAUCGACACCGGCAACCGCUACUUCGCCGCCUCCUGGGGCGGCAUCCAGUGGGAGCGCCAGGUCAGGAACUCCGCCCAGAUCCACCGCUCCGGCGGCAUGUCCGUUCUCGUCACCGGCGCAGCGGGCUUCGUCGGAACCCACGUGUCCCUCGCCCUCAAGAAGCGUGGGGAUGGCGUCGUCGGCCUUGACAACUUUAACAGCUACUACGAUCCGUCACUAAAGAAGGCCCGCAAGGCCAUGCUCCAGGACCACGGCGUGUUCGUCGUCGAAGGGGAUAUCAACGACACCCGCCUCCUCGCUAAGCUUUUCGAUGUCGUCGCCUUCACCCACGUCAUGCACCUCGCCGCUCAGGCCGGUGUUAGGUAUGCGAUGGAGAACCCGAACUCGUACGUGCACAGCAACAUCGCGGGUUUGGUGACCCUGCUGGAGGCCUGCAAGUCAGCUGACCCACAGCCCGCGGUUGUCUGGGCAUCGUCGAGCUCCGUCUAUGGCCUCAAUGAGAAGGUGCCCUUCUCCGAGUCGGACAGGACCGACCAGCCAGCGAGCUUGUAUGCCGCCACCAAGAAGGCUGGGGAGGAGAUCGCCCACACCUACAACCACAUCUACGGGCUGUCCAUCACGGGUCUCCGCUUCUUCACUGUGUAUGGCCCGUGGGGCAGACCCGACAUGGCCUACUUCUCGUUCACCCGGAACAUCCUGCAGGGGAAGCCCAUCACAAUCUACCGGGGCAAGAACCGGGCGGACCUUGCAAGGGACUUCACCUACAUUGACGACAUAGUGAAGGGGUGUAUCGGGUCGCUUGACACCUCAAGGAAGAGCACAGGGUCCGGGGGCAAGAAGAGGGGGCCUGCGCCGUACCGGAUCUUCAACCUUGGGAACACAUCCCCCGUUACGGUCCCGACCCUUGUGAGCAUACUUGAGAGGCAUCUAAAGGUGAAGGCGAAGAGGAACAUAGUAGACAUGCCUGGGAAUGGGGACGUCCCAUUCACCCACGCCAACAUCAGCCACGCGCGGCGGGAGCUCGGCUACAAGCCGACGACGGACCUGCAAACGGGGCUGAAGAAAUUUGUUAAGUGGUACUUAUCUUAUUAUGGAUACAAUCACGGCAAGCCUGUAAAUUGAUAAUUUUUUUUUUCAUUUCGCUUAUUUUCUUUUUUUUGGUAAUUUCUUCCGGGAUUUUCUUCUUCUGUGAUAAGUUGGGGGGAGGAAAAAGAAAACCUGGAAAAUGGAAAACGGAAAACGGAAAAUGAGGGAGAGGAAGAAAAACAAAAGAAAAAGAAAAGAAAAGAAAGAAACAAGAAAAGAAGAAUGUUUUAGAUUCUUUUGGAUAGGGAGGUCGUAGUGGGGGAAGCAAAGGGAAGAAAUGAAAGCCUCUCAGUAAUUUUUUGUUUUACCGGACAAAUUUCUUCUCUUUUGUAAAGGAAAAAGGUUUCAGAAUUCAGUCCCCUUUUGUUAAUGCUGAUGAUUGAUUUUCGUUUC